CGGCCGGUUUAUUUUCAGUCGGCAGAAAACAAAGCUGGCCGUUUGAGCGCAUGCGCAGUCUAGCGGAAAGGACUGCAAACAAAGAGGAAGCGCGUGGCUCUGAGUUAAAGUGCUCUCAGUUGUGUGUGUGUGUGUGCCUGUGUGUUUGUGUGUGCAGGAGCUCUUCAUUUCAUUACUUUAUAUCAACACUGAGAACAGCGGGCCGCGGGAGAGCCGGGGGCUCAGUCUGGAACAGCCCGGAGAGAAGAGCGAAAGCAUCUCAAUGGAUUAGCAUGCCUCACCAUUCUGGACAAACUGGAUGCAUAGUCUUUGCCUUUGCAAGACAAUAAAAGCCCUCAGUGGUGCACCUUUGUCAGCACUGUGUAGGAGGGUUCCUCUGCGGCAAUCACUAAGGAGACAGCCUCUAUCUCAGUGCGCUCAGACUCUGAUUCCAAUCUGGAGUUUUGCUUCUAAAGCGUGUGGCAGUUUGACUCUUUCCACUCCAUCCAGACAGUUCAGUCUCUCGUCUUCAGCACCUUUUGGUGGAUCUUGGCCUGUGUGGCAGGGUGACGGGCCUGACAUGGCGGAGCAGCGGUUCUGUGUAGAAUAUGCCAAACGUGGCACUGCAGGCUGCAAGAAAUGCAAGGACAAAAUCAUGAAGGGUCUGGUCCGCAUCGGCAAGAUUGUGCCCAACCCGUUCAGCGAGUCUGCCGGAGAAAUGAAGGAGUGGUACCAUGUGAAGUGUAUCUUUGAGAAGCUGGAGCGAGCUCGGGCCACCACCAAGAAGAUUGAAGACAUCACUGAUCUGGAAGGCUGGGAGGAGCUUCAGGAUGAGGAUAAAGAGCUAAUUAAUAAGCAUGUUUCAGAUUUAGCUGCUAAAGCAAAUGCAACUCCAAAAAAGAAGGUUCAAUCCAAACUAAACACCAGCGGGCAGUUAUCAGCACCUCUUGCUGAUCCAACAGUCAAUGCACCACGCAAGUUUUCUGGUUUCACAGCCACAAAGGCAGGUUCGUCCUCCUCAGGCCCAGGCCCCUCUCCCAGUAAACCCACUCAGGGCAGCACCCUGUCUGCACAGUUCUGUGAUCUGGACCACAAGGACUGCCUUUUCCGUGAAUUCCGCAAGCUCUGUGCCAUGGUGGCUGAUAAGUCCAGCUACAACGCAAAGACCGAGAUCAUCAAGGACUUCUUAAGGAAGGGUUCUGGUGGAGAUAAGUUUAAAGGUGACCUCUACCUGACGGUGAAGCUGCUUCUUCCGGGAGUGGUGAAGAGUGUUUACAAUCUCAACGACAAGCAAAUAGUCAAGCUCUUCAGUCGCAUCUUAAAUUGCAAUCAAGAAGAGAUGGUGCGCGAUCUGGAACAGGGGGAUGUUUCUGAGACUGUGAGGAUGUUUUUUGAUGCCAGCACAUCGUUUCCUGCAGCAACCAAGAGUCUCUUGACCAUCCAGGAAGUGGAUGCCUCGCUAAGUCGCCUGGCUCAGCUGACCAAAGAAGAUGACCAGCAGGCAGAGCUCCAGGACAUUGCUAAGAAAUGUACUGGAAAUGACUUGAAAUGUUACAUUCGACUUGUCAAACACGAUCUGAAGAUUAAUUCUGGGGCUAAACAUGUUCUGGAUGCUUUGGACCCCAAUGCUUAUGAUGCCUUCAAAGCCUCCCGAAACCUUGGCGAUGUGGUCGACAGGGUUCUGCGGAACCAGCAGGAGGCAUCUAACGGGACCGGACCGAGGAAGCUGCUGAGUGUGGAGGCUACACUUAUGACCCCUGUUCAACCCAUGUUGGCAGAAGCAUGUAAAUCCAUUGAGCAUGCUAUGAAGAAGUGCCCUAAUGGAAUGUACUCCGAGAUCAAGUACGAUGGUGAGCGUGUGCAGGUGCACAAGAACGGAGAUCACUUUAGCUACUUUAGCCGCAGUCUCAAACCCGUGCUGCCUCACAAGGUGGCACAUUUUAAAGAGUUUAUACCUCAGGCUUUUGCUGGUGGCCACAGCAUGAUUCUCGAUGCUGAAGUCCUCUUGAUUGACACCAAGACCAGCAAACCUCUGCCUUUUGGAACAUUAGGAGUUCACAAAAAAGCAGCCUUCCAAGAUGCACAAGUCGGCCUCUUUGUGUUUGACUGUAUUUACUUUAAUGGAGUCAGUCUUAUGGACAAGCCGCUUUGUGAGAGAAGAAAAUUUCUCCACGACAACAUGAUUGAAGUUCCUAACAGGAUUCUGUUUUCAGAAAUGAAACAUGUCACAAGAGCUGCUGAUCUGGCUGAAAUGAUCACACGGGUCAUCAGAGAGGGACUUGAAGGCCUGGUUCUUAAAGACAUUAAGGGGCUGUAUGAACCUGGAAAACGUCACUGGUUGAAGGUGAAGAAAGACUACCUCAAUGAAGGAGCCAUGGCUGACACUGCAGACCUGGUGGUUUUAGGGGGAUUUUUUGGUUCAGGCUCCAAAGGUGGAAUAAUGUCCAGUUUUCUUAUGGGGUGCUAUGACCCAGACUCGAAGAAGUGGUGCACUGUGACUAAAUGCUCAGGAGGAUAUGAUGACGCCACUCUAGCUAGACUACAGAAGGAGUUGGACGUAAUUAAAAUUGGCAAGGAUCCCAGCAAGAUUCCUGGCUGGUUAAAAAUUGUCAAGAACUACUACCCAGAUUUUCUCAUCCGGGAUCCACAGAAAGCACCAGUGUGGGAGAUCACAGGAGCGGAGUUCUCUAAGUCAGAGAUGCACACGGCCGACGGCAUCUCUAUUCGUUUCCCUCGCUGCACUCGCAUGCGUGAUGACAAGGACUGGAAGACGGCCACCAAUCUUCCACAGCUCAAGGAGCUGUACCGUAUCUCAAAAGAGAAUUGUGAUUUUGAGGUGACCGCAGGACCUUCCACAAGCAGUAAAGAUGACAAAGGGUCCUCAGGAGGAGACAGUGGAAGCAGCUCUCCUUCUGUGUCCCAUGGAGCACCGAGCACAAAUAAACCCAAAAAUGGUCACACUCCAAAGCCAGUAAAAUCGGAACCUCCAUCUCCUGCAAAGAGAAAGCUGCCUGCUGAGGAACAGCGUGCAAAGAAGAUCAAGACUGAAGCAGUUCACAGCAACGGAAAGAAUAAACCAAAUGCUGCUUUAGCAAAGACCCCUAAUCCACAGACUGAGAAGACUUUGCUAGACAUCUUCACUGGUGUAAAGCUCUACCUCCCAGAAACGGUGCCGGACUUUGAGAAGCUGCGGCGCUACUUUGUGGCGUACGACGGAGAACUGGUGCCUUCAUAUGAUGCAGCCUCUGCUACUCAUACAGUAGCUGAACCAGAGGAGCACAGCCAGGCCCAGAAAGUCACCUCCAACUGGAUCUGGGAGUGUAUCCGCAAAAGGAGAGUGGUUCCGCCUUGCUGAAGCCAGAAAAAAUGCAUUGGGAAUGAAGACAUGCUGCUUCAACAGCUUUCCUUUUGAAAUGGGGGAAAAAAGUGCCCUUCAGACCACUACGUGUUCAACAAGCUAAACAGAAUUAUCCUUGACCAUAACACCAGUAGUGUGUUUGUUCAGGACAGACUGGGUUUAUGAACUUCUGACUCAGUAUUUUUGGAUUUUUCUUUUCUUUUUUUAAUUUCUCAACAACGUUUUAUAUUGUCUGAGGAUUUACCAUAGUUUGGUAUUACAAGUAGAGUGACGAUGAGAGUUUUUCUCCCUGGGGCAUGGAUCUCCAGAUGCCAUAGAAAAAUACAUAUUUCACUGUUAAUUUAUACAUUUAUGAGAAGGCAAAUGGUGCUCAUAUAUCAGCGACAGAUUUUUCAUGUUAGGUCACUAGACAGGUGUGUUUCUUAUCAAAAUAUGCAAUAGGUUUUACUAGAAAGUUUGUCAAAAAGAUCUGUCUUUUACAAUGCUUUAUCAUCUGUGGGGCAAGUUUCAUAGAUUCUUUAGUGAAUAUCAUUUUAGGUACAAAUGUAUAAAUAGAAUUGAAAGUAGUUUAAAGUUUAAUUCUGCAAAUUCUGCUUGGCUCAGACCCAACAACACAAAAAAGUAAAAAACUGCCAGCAUCUCUCAAUUAACAACUCUAAUGAAUAGAGUGGAUUGCUGCCUCAGGACAACACAAGCAUUGUGGUUGUUUCUGGACAUCAGUGUUAAAUAAGCUUGUGUGCCAAUAUUAGUCACAGUAGAUGGGAAUUAAUAUGUGUGACUGAAUCAUAAAUGCAACAGUUUAAAAUAUGGAUAUACACUGACUUUUUAUGUUUAUAUGUACAAUGAAAAUUACUUUUGGGGUAUUUUAACACAAUGACACUGGACCACACACAGUACACUUCACAAUUUAUCCCACUUCCUACUAAUUAUACAAACUUUUCCAAAGCAUUUACAGUAAAACAUGUUGAAAGACACCUUUUUGUUUUUGUUUUUUUCCUUUUGCAUUCUAAAGGCCAAUUUAUGCAUCUGCAACAAAUCUACCCUACAGCAUAGCCAGACGCUCACCAGCCCAGUUAUUAACACACAAACACUCAACUACAAAUGUGCACAACUUCUUGCACAGACACCUCAUUGGCUUAAAGCAGAUGUAUAAUUCAACCUGAAGUGAUGGUGUUUUCUGUAUUUUAUACAUACACUGAUUAGGUUGUUGGAAUUAAAUUUUUCUACUGGGGGAAAAAAAAGGAAAAAGAAACAGUAAGUUACAGCUCUGGAAUGUUGCUUAUUUU